CGAACCCUCAGGAUGGACCGAAACAGAACAGAAUCGGUUCCUUUCUACACCCACAGAGGUUAAGGCUCCAGCAGCUCCAUGGCUUGGAGCGGCACCGAGUUCCUGCCCCUCCUCCCGCGCAGGAACCCCCGGCUGGACUCCUUCCUGAAGCGGAACACGGAGCGGGCUCUGUACGAGCGGAUCCGGACCUAUGAGCCGUGCGUGGUGGUGUCCGACCUCAUUAACAAGGUCUACAUGUAUGCAGUGCUGAGUGAUGAGCGCGUGUACCUGACGGAAUACUCUCCACGCGCGCUGACCACGGCCGUGAGCUUCUGGCGCGUGCGUGACAUCGAGCUGGUGAACGACCUCCCGGACUUCCUCAGUGCGAAGGACAGGGAGCGCUGUCAGCACAUCCGGAUCACCUACAUCCCUGAAAAACCCGCAGAGAAGGACCGUGAUUGGUCACAAAGGGAAAAGAAGAAGAGACUUCCUCCUGUGGCUCCGCCCUCUCGCAGAGCCAGCCACUGUCAAAUUAAAACACACGACUCAAAAGGAUAUCCUGCAGACAGCUGGUGGAAGAAGGAGGAGCUAAGCCCGGUGCUGAAGACAAGCCGCUCUGCUUCCUGCCCUGACCCGGAGACUCUGGGCCUCCUGAGGAUCCCUCACCCUCCAUCCCAACUUCUCUCCUCCUACUCUCCUCCUUCUCCUUCAUCGCCGGCAGAAGAAAGCCUGAAAACAGCUGAGAGCGGUCAGGUAACCAGAAGGAUCGGCUCAAUCCUGACCCGUCUGCUAAAACGGGACCAGGAAAACGUGGUGGAGGGGAGGGAAGCUGAGCUGCAUCUUUACGCCGUUUCUCAGACGUCCACCCUUUACCUCCACCUGCAGAGCUCAUGGAACAGCUUCAUCAUUAAGUCCACAUUACUCCUCGAUCCGCUCUACAGGAGGAGAAGCACCACGUCGUCUGACUCCAUCAGCGAGGAGCGGACGGCUCACCUGUUCGCUCAGCUGAGCGCGGAGCUCCUGCAGGACGGGAUCAGCCUGGAGAACACGUACCUGCUGCUGCAGGAGCUGAAGACCGCCGCUCACCGCAACGUCGCGCUGCGGAGGCACUUCUGGAGGUCUGGCGACGUGUUUCUCUUCCUGGUUCAGACUUUGGAAGAAUGUCUUCAGGGCUGUCAGAGCCUCAACGGCGUUCACUCCACAGAUCAGCUUCUGCUGAGCACGCUGAUCGUCCAGACGAUCGCCAUCAUGUUCAGAGAGACGGAGGUGGAAGCAGCCAGAAGCAUCCUGCUGUUUUCUAAAAAAGGCGCUCUUAUCUGCAGACUGCUGCUCGCUUUAAUAUGCGAUCCUGAUGUUGAGAAGCAAAGCCUUGGAUCUUCCUCUGAACUUCAAGCUUUGCUCUCCGAGUAUUUGGACGCCGCCUGCUGUCUGCUGUUUGAGCUGCUGCUGUUGGGCUUCGAGACCAGCAGGUGCUUCCCUGGAGACAACUUUGUGACGGUGUCCUGGAUCCUCAGGGUCCUUCAGCCUCAUCCUCACAUGCCGUCCUUCAUCCGUCACCAGGCCCAGCAGCUGGUCCAGGUUCUGUCAGACCAGCAGGAGUCCAUCCUGAGCCCAGUGAAGGCCGUUCUGCUGUUCCAGCGCUGCCGCCUCCUGCUGGCCUGUCUGCAGUACAACAACCAGCUGAGUCAGCACCUGCAGUCACACUUCAGGGAGGAAUUCAGGUACUAG